UUGUACACGCUCUAUGCUCUUUCUCUCGCAGCGGAAGUAAUUCAAAUGACGUUCCCCAUUUCCCCCUCAUCCUGAACCCUAUAAAACAGCUGGACGUCUGUGUCUCAUUCUGUAUUUCCUCAUUUGUGACGACAGAACGACUUCUAAAUUAGGUAUUAUUUGUACCCGGAUAUUAGUCCUAAGCCGACAGGAAACUUUAUACUUGUCGUUUGUAGUCACUGCGAUACUUGGAUUGACUCGUCUGUGUGAAUAUAUACAAUGGCUUCCGGAGUGGCACUUUCAGACGAAUGUCUUGAGACUUACCAAGAUCUUCAGGGAUCGAAGAAGAAAUACCGGUACAUUAUCUACAAACUGAACAAAGAUUUCAGUGAAAUCGUGGUGGACAGUACCAAACCAAGAGAUGAAGCUAGCGCGGAAGAGGCGUAUGACGAAUUUUGUGGUAAACUCAUUCAAGCUGCCGCUAACGGUGAAGGUCGGUAUGGCGUGUUCGAUGUUCACUACAAUGUUGACACCCGCGAGUUGGACAAAGUAGUUUUCUUCACAUGGGUAUCUGAUACUCUUCCCAUUAAACAGAAGAUGCUGUAUGCCAGCAGUGCCAAGGCGCUUAGAGGAAAGAUGACUGGUGUCCACACAGAAAUCCAGUGUAAUGACGAGUCCGACCUGAAAUUAGAAGGCGUCAUCGCCAAAUGUCGUCAGAAGAGUUACGAAUGAUCAAUAGAGAACAGUAGUGACCUAUUAAUUAAACACAGUUUAUUAAAAAAAAAUAUUAUUUGCUACUGAAAUAAAACUUUAUUGCAAAUGCAUACAUACAUAUAUUUCUUUGUUAAAAUAUAACAAAAAUGUUGGGAACAAAGUCGUUUUUCAGUCUUGACCCAAAUGUCUUUGUUCAAGAUGCGUGUAUAUUCACCAAUUGAUGCAAUAAAGUUUGAACGAAUCGACUUUCAGUGAAAAUGAA